UCAGCUUUCUCAAAAUCAAAAGAAACUCUCGACUCAUAUUUCCAUUUCCUCCUCGUUAUACCUCUUUGUGCUUCUUCCACUUUCACUUUCUUCUCCUAAAGGAUAUAAUGGCAUACUCAAAGGUAAUUAUUGCUCUAAUGUUGGCCUUUGUGGCCGGAUCGGCUUUGGCACAAGCACCGGGAGCAUCUCCAGCCGCUUCUCCAAAGAGUUCUCCGGUACCAGUACCAGUGGCGACUCCUCCUACAACUGCGUCUGAUUCUCCAAUGGCAUCCCCACCAACUGUUGACACUCCAGCAUCAUCUCCUUCAGGCGGUGCUUCUCCUCCAUCUAUCUCUGCCGCUCCCGGGGAUUCUCCUACCGAAUCACCAAACUCUGCUUCCUUCAACAGAGUCGCUGUCGCCGGAUCUGCUGUUGCAGCUGUCUUUGCUGCUGCUUUCAUGCUUUAAACUUUCUGAUAUGUGAAUAUUUUGCAUUUUCAUUUUCCUUUGUUAAUUCUUUUUUACAGUAGUCGUACCGCUGUUGAUUUAUUUGUAUGUACUAAUAUAUUCUUAUUGUUGAAUAUUAUUACGGGAUUCUUUCUUUA